AUGUCUCAGGAAGCAUAUCAAGCCGAGAAAGACCUCAACUCGUACCAGGCAAAGACUGGUAGAGGAGGGAAGAACAUCAGUGAUACCGGUUCGUACUCUCCCCUUCUCGGUUACCAAUCCCAUUCUGACGUCUUUCUUCUACUAGCCCAAGAGACCGGCGUCGACGCAGGUGCAGAGAAUAAAUUCCCAGGCGCCCAGGUGAGGGUAGGACCUGGUUCGACGGCCAGCGGGAGUGAUCACCGGGUUAUUCCGCCAGAAGAGGGCGGUGAAAUCGAUGACCAGGGACAGUAA